GGGGGCGUGGGGGGGGGAGGUGAAGAAGGUGAGGGGAGACUCGGAAGGAGGGGCUGGGCAGCGCUCUCUGCCCCGCUGCUGGAGCACAGCUGUUGCAGCUGUGGCCGGGAGACGGCGCAUGCUCAGGAGGCGGCCGGCGCCAGGGGUUGUCUCCCUGCGGUGCGGCACCCGCCUUGCCGAGCUCGGCUCCCCCAGGGAGGCAGGCGGCGGGGUCCCUCCGAGGCGGUGAGAGCACCGCCGGCUCCCCGCACGCCGGCUGUGUGCCUGGAAAGAAAGAAAGACAGAAAGUUGAUGAGCCGGAGCCAGAGGCUGCUGCAGCGUGCCCGGCCGAUGCGCUCUGCCCCCGGCCCGGUGGGUGCGGGGGAUGCUGGCGGCCCGCUGCCUGUGGAUUAUGGGUACAACUGCCAGCACAGCUCAGCAAACGGUCUCAGCAGCUACGUUUGAGAACGUUCACGGCAACGGGACCAUGGAGGACCGCCACUCGCUUAGCAUCCACUCCUGCCAGACGGUUGGCCUCCACAACAACAAAGCCAAGUCCAUCAUCACCAACAAGGUGGCGCCUGUUGUCAUCACCUACAACUGCAAAGAGGAAUUUCAGAUUCAUGAUGACCUGCUGAAGGCCAACUACACAGUGGGGCGGAUUUCAGAGACCACGUUGGAACACUACCUUGUACAGGGGAAAUAUUUUAUGGUCAGAGAUGUAUACAGUAAAUUAGAUGUCUUGAACACUACAGGCACUUGUGGAGCUCCAAAUUUCCGACAGGCCAAAGGAGGGUAUGAAGUGUUUGGAAUGGGACAGCCCAGUCUCAAUGGAUUCAAGCAGGUGCUGCAGAAACUCCAGAGCUAUGGGCACAAGGAGUGCAUCUUCUUCUGUGUUCGUGAGGAGCCGGUUCUAUUUCUACGCAUGGAAAACGACUUUGUGCCCUACACACCAAGAGGAAAGGAGAACUUGCAUGAAAACCUGCACAGCCUGCCAAGAGGGGUCAAAGUGGACAACAUGGAGCUUGCAAUUCGGAAAGAGAUACAUGAUUUUGCUCAGCUGAGUGAGAACACUUACUACAUCUAUAAUGACAUUGAACACUUCAAAGAUGAACCGCACUCUGUGACCAUCCAGCGCGAAGAGGACAUCCAUGUGAUGGAGGAGGUGUACAAGAGACCUGUCUUCCUGCUGCCAUUUUACAGGUACCAUCGGCUGCCAUUGCCUGUGGAUGGGGCACCUCUAGAAGCACAGUUUGAUGCUUUCACCAAUUUCCUCAGGGAGAGUCCAAACCUGCUCCUGCUCCAGGACCCCAGCAGACUGCCUCCUGCUUUACUCUUCAGCUGCCAAACUGGUGUUGGCAGGACCAACCUUGCCAUGGUGUUAGGCACUUUGGUGCUUUAUCAUCGCAAGGGAGCAGCACAGAAACAAGACCUUCCACAUCCUGCUAAUACUUUGUCCAGGGACCGAUUUUGGGUUAUUCAGAACUUUAUUGACAUGGUACCAAAAGGCCAACAAAUCGUUGAGGAGGUGGACAGUGCCAUUUCCUACUGCUCUGAAAUGCAUGACAUGAAGGAAGCCAUCUAUGAGUAUAAGAAGAAAUUGGAAGGGAUUGGAGAAGAUUACCAGAUUCAGGGGAGCAGCACCAAAGAGUAUUUCCUUCAAAGGACUUUGCAGAGCCUUGAGCGCUAUUUCUACUUGAUUGCUUUCAACUACUACCUUCAUGAACAGUACCCCCUGGCCUUUGCCCUCAACUUCAGCAGAUGGAGGUGUGGGCACCCAGAGCUUUACAGGCUGCAGAUGAACAUGAACCUGUCAGAGCUCACAGUGACGGGGGAACUGAUAACAAAGGGGACACGAGUGCUAGUGGUGGAUGAGCGUUUCUCCCCAGAUGUGCUCAGCACUGUGAAGGAAAUGAGGGUAGCUAACUUCCGGAGGGUCCCCAAGAUGCCUGUGUAUGGGAUGGCACAACCCAACUCCAAGGCCAUUGGAAGUGUGCUAAGCUACCUAACUGAUGCAAAGAGGAAGUACUCCCACAUCACAUGGAUAAACCUCCGUGAAGAAGUGGUGCUGGAAGGGAAUGAACAAAUCUACACCCUCCGGGAACCUGGGAACCUGGAACAACAGAUUACGGUGCCUGUUACAUCACCUGAACAACUAGAGAAAUUAGAGUCUACCUUGAAGAAUGACGUGCUAAAGUCCCAGAAGUGGCUGGAGGUGUAUCUGGAACAGGAGAAGCAGAUGAAGAUGUUUAAGAGUUGCCUGACCACACAGGAGAUACUUAAUCAGCACAAGAGCACAUGCCAGGGGCUGGUCUACAAACGAAUCCCAAUCCCAGACUUCUGUGCUCCCAAGGAGCAGGAUAUAGAUCGGCUGUUGGAUGCGAUGAAGAGCGCGCUAGCUGAGGACUCUCACACGGCCUUUGUGUUCAACUGUCAUAGUGGCAGAGGGAGAACCACCACAGCCAUGGUUAUUGCUGUCCUCACGCUCUGGCAUUUCAAUGGCAUCCCUGAGAUGAGUGAGGAUGAAAUUGUGAGUGUGCCUGAUGCCAAGUACACCAAAGGGGAAUUUGAGGUGGUGAUGAAGGUGGUGCAGCUUUUACCAGAGGGGCACAGAAUGAAGAAGGAGGUAGAUAUGGCCCUGGAUACUGUGAGUGAGACCAUGACACCUAUGCAUUAUCACCUGAGAGAAAUCAUCAUAUGCACCUACAGACAGGGAAAAACAGCCAAGGAAGAGAAGGAAAUGCGGACGUUGCAACUGCGGAGCCUACAGUAUUUGGAACGAUACAUCUAUCUGAUCCUGUUCAAUGCCUACCUGCAUCUGGAGAAGAAGGACUCUUGGCAGAGGCCAUUCAGUGUCUGGAUGCGUGAGGUGGCGACCAAGGCUGGAGUUUACGAGAUCCUGAAUCAGCUGGGGUUUGCUGAGUUUGAGAACCUAGAAGACAAGUCUCUCUCCAAGCUCCGCUAUCGCUGGCAGGAACAGAGCUGUAGCCAACUUCCAUUCCGAGGGGAGUUCAUUUAGGACCUGACGCUGUGAGGCACCUUGGGAAUUUCUGCGUUUCUCCAGACUUGGCUGGUUCUCUUGCUUUUUAUGGAUGGGGGGAGGGAGAAUUUGCCUUAAGGAAAGACUUUGUUUCCAGAAAGAUUGGAGCGGGACGGAACACAUCUUAAAUUGACUUUAAAAAAACAAAAAUUUAUAGUGUUCUGUUAGAUACAAUAAAAAAUAUUGUAAAUUAAAUAACAGGUGUCUAAUUGAAAACAUUGUGUAACCUUUAAAAAAAAAUCUCUGAAAUGUUUAAAACAAAAUCUUCUUAAUUUAGUGAAUGUAUUAGCAGCAAGUGCCAAAUUUUUCAUGGCCUUCCUCACUUUCCCACUAUAGCAGUGCAGUCUAUGCACUAUAUACAGAGAGAGUCAUAUAAAUGUAAAAGAAUUUGCAGGCCAACUUGGGAUUCAUGAAGAAUCCCGUAGCCACUAGAAUGAGAUCUGGAUUUUUAUGUUUGUGCAUAUUUAUUACACUUUUUAAAAUUAACUUUAUUAACAAACUAGAAGUGUUUGAGAAAAAUAUAAGCCAAUAACUUCCCACAGCCCUGCUACAGUCAAAAGCCCUGUUUCCAGAGCCUGUAUGCUUAUGCUGCAGUAUGGCACCAAAGCUUCUGUUUAGCAAAAAGCCACAUUUUGUGGAUCCAGAAAUAAAAGAUGAAAUCUUGGCCCAACUGAAAUCAAUAGGAAUUUUGCCAUUGAAACCAGGAUUUCACACAGUAUAUCUAAAGCAAUUUAAAAAAAACCCUCACAGAGGAAAUAAUAAAAAAGAAGAGAUUGGAAAGAUUGAAAAAUAAGGUGAAUCAAGUGUGUUCAGAUACAGAAUAAAGUCGCAUUCUCGCUAUCACAUCUGAGGGAGAGGCUGGUUGCAGAAGGUUUAGUGAGCAGAAAUGGAAUAGUCCAGAGCUAGCAUGAACAGGAUGACAAAAUAAGAUAUGAAGUACAAAUGCACAAGCAUGCAGUCUGUCUCUUUCCAAAUCUGCUUUCAUCGGCUGCCAGCAGUUCAGGAGGUGCAUACAUCAGAAAUUAAAAAGUGAAUUUUUUGAAAAAAUUAAAAUACCAAGAGGUGUGUAUUUUAUUUGGAAUUGUUCCUAUUGCUACUUCAAAAUCCAAGCACCAACGCUUCUGUUUAUCAAGCAUUUUAUUUUUGGCUUCUUUCUGAUGGAGCAUUUUGUUUUCUUUUCUUUUUGUAAAUGCAAAGCAUCAGAUCAAGUAUUUUACAUCUCCAGCAGGAUAUUUUAGGGUUUAAAUUAUUUGCUGGUGAUAUAACCGAAUAGAUAAAUUGGUAACUUGCAAGAGGCAGUUGCUAUUUCUUUUUCUUUUGUUACCUCUAACACAGCCAUCUGACAGCAUAAAAUGUUUUCACUUCUCGUCGUCGCCUAUAGUAACUGAAAGGUGGCUAUGUUGAAGUGACAUAAAACCAAAAUAAACUUGCUCGUUGAAGGUAGUUUAUGGCACCGGUAUGCAGAGAACUUUGAAACAGCCCUGUUCUUGACUGAUUUCUGUUACAAACAGAUGUAUAUCAAUUUUUGUAUUCAGUUCCUUUCUGAUAAUGGAACAGACACUGUAUUUUUUGCAAAACUACUGUACAGCUGUAUGCCUCCACUUUGUUUCUAAAUUUUGUGUGAUCUUUUGGGUU